GCCUGCCGUCCGGGCUCGGACACAAGCUCCAGAACCGCCGCGGAGCCGCCAACAUCUGGAGCCACAAGAUGAGAGGACGUCAGCGUUUGUAGGAGAAACGACGACGCGCCGGAAGGAGCCAGUGUUAUGAAGGAAGAAUGGAGUUCCCAGACCAUAGCCGCCAGUUGCUGCAGUGUCUGAGUCAGCAGCGUCACCAAGGUUUCCUCUGUGACUGCACUGUUCUCGUCGGCGAGGCUCAGUUCAAAGCACACAGAGCCGUGCUGGCCUCCUGCAGCAUGUACUUCCAUCUCUUCUACAGGGACCAGCUAGACAAAAGGGACGUUGUGCAUCUCAACAGUGACAUUGUGACAGCCCCGGCUUUCAGUCUGCUUCUUGAAUUUAUGUAUGAGGGGAAGCUGGAAUUCGGCACUCUGCCUGUGGAGGACGUUCUGGCAGCAGCCAGUUACCUCCACAUGUACAACAUCGUGAAAGUGUGUAAAGGUAAGCUCAAAGACAAGGAGUUGUCCUCGCUGGAUGAAAAGAUGGGCGAGAGUUUGGGACUGAGCUGCCUGGACAGGGAGGUCUCCUCAGACGGCGAGCUGCACAGUAAGCAGCUCUGCCGGCGACAGGCGCACAUGCCGUCUCAGGGGCCUCACGGGGCCCCCCCUGCAGAAGAGUUUGACAUGGACAACAGCGAAGUCAGGCCGGCUGUCACGGAGUGUGAUCGGCCUGCGCAGGGCCGGCAGAAGGCGAACGGUCACUCUGGCAGGUCCCCGGACCUUGUCGGUGUCAAUUAUGUGUCAGCAAAGGCCGAGCCCUGCGUCCAAACAGCUGGAAAAACAAAAGCUGAUGUCAGUAGUUCCACCGUUUCGCUGUCCCAGAGGUCCCGGGCUUCAGAUGACAUGGACUGUGCACUGGAUUUAUCUUUCAAGCCUCUGUCGAGCAGAGAUCCCUUACACCCCUCCUACGUCUCGGGACAGCUGGCCCUCGACAGCCAGCAGCAGGGCACUGAGCCACUUGUUAAAGACGAACACGACUUGCUGUCAGAGCAGGAGGACAGUGAGCCGAUGAGCCCUGAGAGCCAGCGCUUUGGGAAUAGUGCCAGGAGCUCAGUGGUGACAGGGUUCGCUGCCCUCUUCCCAGGCAACAACAGCUCCACAGCCGCCCUGCUCUCCCAGGAGGAGGACCUGAUGGAUGAGGAGGGGGAGGCCUGCAGAGGGAGGGAGGGCGCCCCCGGCAGCGAGGAGGAGGAGGAGGAUGACGACUUGGCCUCCUCGGACAUCUCCACCUCCAGCGGGGUGCUCCUGCCCCCGGGGCAACAGGUGUGCGUGUGCCCCCUGUGCAGCAAAGUCUUCCCCAGCCCCCACGUGCUGCAGCUGCACCUCAGCUCGCACUUCCGCGAGAAGGACGGCGCUCGCUCCAAGCUGUCCCCCGACGGCUCGGUCCCCACCUGCAUGCAGUGCAACAAGACCUUCUCCUGCAUGUACACGCUUAAGCGCCACGAGCGCACGCACUCUGGAGAGAAGCCAUACACCUGCGGCCAGUGCGGCAAGAGCUUCCAGUACUCCCAUAACUUGAGUCGGCACGCCGUGGUGCACACGCGUGAGAAGCCUCACGCUUGUAAGUGGUGCGAGCGGCGCUUCACUCAGUCUGGGGACCUCUACCGCCACAUCAGGAAGUUUCACUGCGGCCUUGUCAAGACUCUCGCCAUCGGAUAAAAACACCUCUCACGGUGCCGCGGCGCCUGAAAGAAUGACUUUUCAUACUCCGAGUAAUACUACUGAACCUUCUGCCAACACCUGCAGUUUGUUGCGGGAUUCAACCCUAUGUGGCAUUGUUCACAAGUUGAAGGUGUAGCAUCUUAAACGUGUGCCGUCGCCUGCACCGCGCUGUGGUUAGUCAAAACAAGCCUGCUGUGAACAAACGACAUAAUGCACUUGUUUAUCUGCGAGUCGAUGCGCUGUUCGCAGACGGUGACAGCUGAAGUUAAAUAUAAGUUCAUACAAUCAUCUGAGUGAGUUUUUGUGCGCGUGGGAGAACAGAACCAUCCCAUUGUAGCAAUAUAUUAUUAAAAAAAACUCUUACAUUAUUUAUUUCAGUAUUUGUGUAGACGUGAACAAGUAAACUUUCAUAAGGCAGCAAAAUCGAUUAACGUUUGACUACUCGAAGGACAAACUGUCUUUUGUUUUUUGUAGAUUUUUCUUUGGUUUUGUUUAAAUUUAAUGGGAGGUAAAAAUACCGUCAUAUCAUGAUUUCUUUGCACGAGGCGCAACGUCAGCAUAUUAGUUACUAAUGUCUGAAAAAUGUUCUGUUUAAACCCUGAUGGUGUGACUCAGAGAGGGUAUGUAGAUUAAAAAACAAAGCUUCAGAUAACUAACACCUGUUACAUCAGUGCCUACUGAAAUUAUGAAUAAUGCACCAUGUGUACUUAGAAAUACUACACAAUACACGCUCUUCACAUACCAGGUACUGAUGGCGGUAAUGAAGAAUGUACUGGAAGUGUGUAAAUUACACUCCCAUUAAUUCAUUGUUUAUUGAGUGAUUGUGGUGGAACACAGACUCUUGACAUUAACUUGCCUCUGUAUUCAGAACAAACCCUCAGCAGGCAGGAGGAGGAUUCAGUACUUUGAGUCUUGACUAAGGAUGGAGUACUGUUGGUGUCCAUCGGUGGUGCUGUUUCUUCAUCAGUGGCUCCUAAAACAUUCUGUGGAGUUAUUGGUGGGAAAUUGGCAUUUAGGUGCAUAAAUUACUGAUGUGUGCUCAAGUGCACAGGUUAUCAUACUUUGCACACAAAAUUACAAAAUAUUUCUUCUUAAAUUCAUAAUUUGUGUGAACGAAUUACUUAAUUUAUGCUCUCCAAUAAAUAAUACACACAAAUCACCAAUUCAUACUGUGGAAUUAAUGUUUUCUGAGGAAAUUAUUAAAGUGGGCCAUUAUUAACGUGCACAAGCAUUAAGGAGGUUUUAUUUAUUUGGUAAUUUAAUUAUUGUCAACAAAUGACUAGUUUUUGUUCUUGAUUUAAUAAUCUAUACUCAAAUAUUAUGCAAAGCUUUCUCGUGAUUUGUCUUCAUGCAUUAAUUAAUUUGGGAUAUCAAUUAAACAACAGAAUCAAAUUACUAAUGCACACUCUGGAGUUAAUCAUUUAUGUGCACAAAUUACUAAAGCAUCCACCCUCUCAUGUGAACAAUUUGGCCUUAAGUAUUACUCAGGCUUUAGAAUGAGUAAUUAUCAACACACAGUACUUAAAGUUAUUUUCUUGAAUUAAAAAAAAAAACACUGAUUUUGAUGAGGAUGUUCAAAAAUAAAUGUGUAAAUAAUAAUUAGUAAUAAUUAGAAU